AUGGGAGCUCUUCUCCUGAAGAAAAGUUCCGGAGGAGCUGCACCAUCCUGCCUUGACACUCCGCUAUCUUGUUUCAGAGCAUGCUUUUUCCCACAGAAUAUUUCUUGCACGCUCUCGCUGCGAAACUGCCUUAUCGGCCUAUUGGUGCUGUUCAACAUCGCCCUCAGCAUCUCCAUAGCGCGCGAAUUCGAGAGCGCGAUGGCUCAGCGUCCUCCUCCCCACUCCUCCUACUCAUGGAUCGAGGAUGACAUCCCUGACACCCUCCACAUACCAAACCCGCGCCCGCGCGUCGCCAUGAACCUCGAAGACUCCGUCCACUUCGCGCGCGGGGCCCCUAACGCCUCCCUCGCUUGGAUGUACAGCAUAUCACCGACGCGCUCGCUCCAGGGCGACGUGCACUACGGCUCCGCCGACCGCGGUCUCAACGCGCUUGUAUUUCACGAGCUCCACUGUCUCAACUGGGUGCGCCUUGCGCUUGAGGAAGAGGGCGUGCCCGCGCCCGGACUGGAGGAGUGGCACAUGACGCACUGCCUGAACAUGGUCAAGGACUUCACGCUUUGCGCGGCCGACAUCGAGCUCGAGCGGGGCCACAUAGCCGGGCGGAACUUCGAUGUGGAGAAGGACGGCGGGGAGCGGAGCUGCAUGGACGUGGAGGGUCUGUAUGGAUACAUGCAGGAACAGUGGGAGGAGUGGGACGGUGCUCGGCGAGCGCGGAGUAAGGUCCAGCCUAUGUCGUCUGAGGUACACUAG